AUGCCCCUCGACGACGACGACAACCCGACCGCUGCCCCGGCCGCCCUGCCAAACAAUGACUCCGGCGCCGGCGCCGGCGACGAGGCCGAGGACGAAGGCCUCUUCGACAUGCGCCUGUUCACGUCCAUGUUCAACAAGAAGGGAGUCUCGAGCCAGGCCGUACGCAAGGGCCAAAAGGAUUUCGAAUCGCACGGCACGAGAGCACAAGAGAACCAGCUCGAGACCAGUCGGCAGGUCAUCGAGGAGGUCCUGAGCUACACCCGCGUACACCGCGACGCAUGGAGCAAGGGGUGGUACUUCCCCGACUACUGGCCCGAGGCGCUGGAGGGCAUCAUGGAGCGGGGCGAUACCUCCGGGCUGGCGAAGCCGGAGUACCUACAAGAGUUCUUGGCGGAGACGAGGCCGCUCUACGCCGAGGAGCGUGUGGUCGUCGUGGAGGAUCUGAAGGGCCCGCAGGCGAAGAGCAUGGGGCGCGUUGUGAGGGGACUCAAGGCACCGAGGCCGGCAGUUGGAAAGUUGUGGUUGCUGCCCGAAGAGGCGCUGUUUCUGGUCGAGAGAGGCAGUCUGGAGCUCUGGUGGCCGUUCCGCGAGUUGACGGAUAUCCUGCCACCGCCCGAGGUUAAGGCGACAGAGGAGCAGGAUGACAAGACGGAUGAGAAGGACGAUGACAAGGCGAACGAGAAGGAGGACUCAGACGAAGAGUUCGAGGCGGGAGUGCCUCUGAGUCUGCAAGCCGCGUACUCGCUCUUCAUCGGCCUGGACGGGGAGAGGGGGAAGAUCUCGCUGCCGAAAUAUCAAGUCUACUCUCACCUGAAGCGCUCAGGAUACCACGUCCAUCGCGCGCCGCGGGAUCCUCUCUACCAAGCUUCUCAGCCAGAGCCGCCGAGGACAUCCCUCUGGCAGUGGCUUGUCUCCCUGUUCGACCGCCAGCCGCAUCACGCUCCCUACGGACCCCUCGUUCGGCCGGGCAUCUACAGGCAAUACACCCACGUCUACAAGCAACUCGAGCUCCUCUCCCGCUACGACCCCAAGAUCCCUUCAGAACCAGUAGAGCCGGAAGACCCGUACAAGGUCUUCUGGCACGUCUGGAAGCCCUCGAAGCACCCGAACAUUAAGGUCACGGACCUGCCGCCGCCGGACUUCCGCAUCGCCGUCGCCGACGCGCGGGACACGGCCGUGCCGUCGUUCGAGGAGGUCUCCGCGCUGCUGGGUGCCUCGCCCUACGAGCCGCCCGACCCCGUUGCCAUGGAAGGACCGGGAAGGUUGUAUCAGCGCCUGAGGCACGGAUACCGGAACGUGCUGAUCGCGGUGGUGGACCGCGGGCUGGUCAACUUCAUGAGGUUCGGCCAGGCGGCGUACGGAGAGGAGAAGCUGUAUGAGCGGUUUGACAAGGGUGCUUUCCGCGGCGGGAAGGGUGGAAGAGGUGGUCGCGGCGGACGUGGACGGGGCCGCGGACGGGGUCGGGGUCGAUGA